UGUUUGAUUGUAUCGCUGUGCAGAUGACGCACUGAGGCUCAGUGUGCGAAGAUGGCUCCCUUUCCGGACGAGGUGGAUGUUUUUACUGGCCCACACUGGCGAAUGAAACAGCUGGUGGGCCUAUAUUGCGAGAAGCUGUCUAAAACCAACUUCUCCAACAACAAUGAUUUCCGCUCAUUUCUUCAGUCACUGUGCGCCACCUUCAAGGAGUUCAAGAUGCAUGAACAGAUUGAGAAUGAAUACAUCAUUGGCCUGUUGCAACAGCGCUGCUGCACUGUGUACAAUGUGCACUCUGACAACAAACUCUCAGAGAUGCUGUCCCUCUUUGAAAAGGGGCUGCACAACGUUAAGAGUGAAUAUGAGCAACUUAACUAUGCCCAGCAGCUGAAGGAGAGACUAGAAGCUUUCACACAGGACUUUCUGCCCCACAUGAAAGAAGAGGAAGAGGUGUUUCAGCCUAUGCUUAUGCAGUACUUCACCUAUGAGGAGCUGAAGGACAUCAAGAAACAGGUGAUAGCACAACACUGCAGCCAACAGCAAUGGGACUGUGCCGCUGAGGUGCUGAAAGGAUUCCGUUUGUGGAGCCAGGCGGAGGAGCUGCAAAAAGCCUUUAAAUAUGCCGAUCAUGAGAAGACAGAUUAUGAAUUGGAACAGAACAGGAAUUCUUCAACCCACAUCUCCCAGCUUCCUACAGAAAUCAUGCUGAGGUUGUUCCACUAUUUGAGCCCUGAAGACCUGUGUCACUGUAGUCAAGUGUGCACCUCUUGGUCAGACCUGGCCAAGACCGGCUCUCUGUGGAGGCACCUCUAUCCUGUGCGCUGGGCCAGAGGUGAUUAUUAUAGUGGCCCACCUGGGGAUCUGGACCAGGAGCCGGAUGAGGAGUGGGUGAAGAGUCGGCAGAAUGAGGGCCGGGCCUACCAGGAAUGGGAUGAGGAUGCUGAUGUUGAUGAGUCUGAUGUGUCGGGCCAUACAGAGGGCUCCCUGGCAAUUAACACUGCUCAGCGGGAGAAGAGGCUCCUGAAUGGGCUCAUCCAGAACCUUCUGCCAGCUGUGGGUCCAUCUGUCAAGUCCGUUGUUCUGGCGUACAGUUCUACAGUCUCUAGUAAAAUGGUGCGCCAAAUCCUCAGUCUCUGCCCCAAUAUUACUCAUCUGGACCUGACCCAGACUGAUGUUACAGAUUUUGCAUUUGACAGCUGGUCAUCUCUUGGAGCAUGUCUCUCUCUGGAGCACCUGGAUUUGUCCGGGUGUGAGAAAAUUACAGAUCACACCCUGAAGAAACUGUCUGUUGGGCUGGGUGACCUUGCCCCUUUUGACAAACGCUCAGACCGACGAGCCAAGCUUCUUAAAAGUUCCCCAAUACCCAUCACGCUCAUGGAUGAGAGAAACCUACACGCAGGUGGGCGGAAGCGCCAAGCCAUCAUUUUCAAGCAGGGGACAGGCCGUUGGGGUGCCGCCUGCACCCCCACACGGGUGUGGGUCCUGGACCCCUCAGACCUUGUUGAUAUUGAAGAUGCUGCAGAGUGGACCCGUCGUGGCGGGUUGUCUCUUCCUGAAGCAGAAAGCUUUGUAGAGACACAGCUUGUGGGAAGCUCAUUCUGUUGCAGGAGGAGAAGGAGGCGCGGGCACAGGACUGGCUCAAACGUCUCCUUUUUGCAUCAGCAGUAUGCCAUUUCUGGAGAAAUGUUUUGUGGUCACUCUACCUGCUGCACUAAUGACAUGGCCCUCAGGACUUUUAAUGGGCCUCAGUGCGAGUCAGGCACCACCAGAAGCAGCACUGCAGAAUUUCGGACUAAAUGCUCCUCAUUUGGGGGGAUGCAGUGUCGGGAGCAUGAAAACAGGACUGACCAAUCAGAGGCAAAACGCUCCCUGAGACUUCUCAGUCUCUCUGGAUGUUAUCAAGUCACAGAUUUGGGCUUAAGGGCUCUGUCUCAGCGUGGAGGGCUUCCUGUCCUGGAGCAUCUCAACUUGUCUGGCUGCCUCUUCAUCACUGAGGUGGGGCUGAAGGAGCUGGUGUCAGCCUGUCCUUCCCUCAAUGAUGAACACUUCUAUUACUGCGACAACAUCAACGGUCCUCAUGCAGACACGGCCAGCGGAUGUCAGAACCUGCAGUGUGGCUUCAGGGCCUGCUGUCGCUCUGGAGAGUGAUCUCGCCAAGCACCGCUCUCUAUUGUCACGUCUCCUUUUAUUGCACUUUAUCCUGGAAAUACCAUUUGCUGUAUUUUGUGUCACUUAAAAAUGUUUCUGGAUGAAACUGUAAUUUUGCUCCUGUUAUUUCCAUUUCCAUCUGUAUUUAAUGGAAUUAAUCCUUUAGAAAAAGGAAAAGAUUAAGGGGUGACGAUAGAUCUGAAGUGUCUGCAAAUGUACAUUCUGGUUCCUUCAUUUGGUUUUGAAGAAGUAAAAAACUAAAGAAACAUGAA